CCGUCCCCGCGGGGGUGUCUGGGAAGGAGAGAUCAUGGCGGCGGAGCCGAGCAAGACGGAGAUCCAAACCCUCUUCAAGCGGCUUCGGGCAGCGCCGGCCAACAAGUCGUGCUUCGACUGCGGCGCCAAGAACCCGAGCUGGGCCAGUAUCACCUAUGGGGUCUUCCUGUGCAUCGACUGUUCCGGCGUCCACAGAUCCCUGGGCGUGCACCUCAGCUUCAUCAGGUCCACAGAGUUGGAUUCUAACUGGAACUGGUUCCAGCUGAGGUGUAUGCAAGUGGGCAGUAAUGCCAACGCGACUGCUUUCUUCCGCCAGCACGGCUGUACCACCACAGAUGCCAAUGCUAAAUAUAACAGUCGAGCUGCCCAGAUGUACAGGGAGAAGAUCCGGCAGCUGGCAAGUGCUGCCAUGGCCAAGUAUGGCACUGAUUUGCUUAUAGAUGGACUGAGUGGAGCCCCUGGGCACUCCCCUGACAAGAGUGAUGCUGAUUUCUUCAUGGAGCACACACAGUCUUCCAGUACCUGGGAUGUAGCAGAUGCCUGCCAGAAUCCUGCACAGUCUUCUCCAGAGGCAGAAAAAGCAGCAAAGUCAUCAGAAGGCAGCGAAGUUUCGAGUCCCAGCCAAGGUCCAUCAAUUGACUUGUUGAGCACAUCUCCUAAAGCUCCUCUAGACGUGUCCAUGUAUCUGUCAACACAAGGGGCUGCUCCUGCUGGAGAACUUAAAUCCUCCCUUAUUGGAAAGAAGAAGCCGGGAGCUGCCAAGAAAGGGCUGGGUGCAAAAAAAGGUCUUGGAGCCCAGAAAGUCAGCAGCCAGAGCUUCAGUGAGAUUGAGCGGCAAGCCCAGGUGGCAGAACAGCUGAGGGAGCAGCAGGCAGUGGAGUCCAGGAAACAAGCUGAGGAGUCCAUAGUCACCUCAAUGCGACUGGCUUAUCAGGAACUGCAGCUGGAUCGGAAGAAGGAAGAGAAGAAACUCCAGAACCUUGAAGGGAAGAAACGUGAACAAGCAGAGAGGCUGGGCAUGGGAUUGGUGUCCAGAAGUUCUAUUUCACACUCGGUGAUGUCUGAGAUGCAAGUAAUUGAGCAGGAGACGCCGCUGGUAGCAAAAUCUUCCCGCUCCCAAUUGGACUUGUUUGAAGAUGGUGGAAGCUUCACAUCUGGACCCCCCAAGUACAAAUACAAUCCCUUCACAUUUGAAGAUGCAUUUGGCUCACGAUGGGAAACAGACUCUUCAUGGGGUAUGGACAAAGAGGAGGAACCAGAGGUGACCAUUUCCAGCAUUCGGCCAGUUUCAGAGAGACCUACCAGUAGGCGGGAGAUGGAGAACAGGCCAUCCAUGGUGGAAUCCAAUGAAGCUCGGCAGAAGUUUGCAGGGGCUAAAGCUAUCUCUUCAGAUAUGUUUUUUGGACGGGAGGCAGAUGCUGAGUAUGAAGCCAGAUCCCGACUGCAGCAGCUCUCAGGCAGCAGUGCCAUCAGCUCUGCAGACCUGUUUGGAGAGGCUGACAAUGUGCAUUCAGGUGGCGUGUCUAUUGGAAAUGUCCUGCCUGCAGCUGACAUUGCACAAUUCAAACAAGGAGUGAAAUCAGUUGCAGGCAAGAUGGCUGUCUUGGCCAAUGGCGUGAUGAACUCCCUUCAGGAUCGUUAUGGUUCAUAUUGAUGACCCAGGGACUGCAAAGGGAAGCCAGCAAGAGGCACUGAUGCCACCUUUGCCUGGAAUAAACUCCACAGGAUUGUCUUAUUUGUCUGG